UUCUCUCUUUGGUUUUGUUAGAAAACUAGCUAGCAGCUAGCUGGUUAGCGAAUAUCCUCUCUACAUAGCGUUCAUUCCGUCUUGAGACGAUCAACAAUGGUACAUCUGGUGGGGUCUCUCCAAAAAGAGCUCGCUGACUCCGUAUCCGCGUGUCGGGUGCUUGUGGUCGGAGCCGGAGGAAUUGGAUGUGAGCUCUUGAAAAACCUCGUCCUUACCGGCUUCAAAAAUAUAGAAGUGAUCGACCUGGAUACUAUUGAUGUCAGCAACCUCAACCGACAGUUCCUGUUCCAGAAGAAGCAUGUGGGGAAGUCUAAAGCGCAGGUGGCCAAAGAGAGUGUACUUCAGUUCUGCCCCACAGCCAACAUCACAGCCUACCAUGACAGCAUCAUGAACCCUGACUACAAUGUGGAAUUCUUCCGGAACUUCAUACUCGUCAUGAAUGCCUUGGACAAUCGAGCGGCCCGUAACCAUGUCAACCGGAUGUGUCUGGCUGCGGACAUUCCGCUGAUUGAGAGUGGCACAGCCGGUUACCUGGGCCAGGUGACUGUCAUCAAGAAGGGUCUUACAGAGUGCUACGAGUGCCAGCCUAAGCCCACACAGAAAACCUUCCCAGGAUGCACUAUCCGUAACACCCCCUCAGAGCCCAUCCACUGUAUUGUGUGGGCCAAGUACCUCUUCAAUCAGUUGUUUGGAGAGGAGGAUGCAGACCAGGAAGUCUCACCUGACACCGCCGAUCCGGAGGCUACAUGGAAGCCAGAGGAGACGGCAGCCCGAGCCACAGCCUCGGACCAGGACGGGGACAUCAAGCGUGUCUCCACCAAGGACUGGGCCCGCUCCACCGGCUAUGACCCCGUCAAGAUCUUCAACAAGCUCUUCAAGGAUGACAUCAUGUACCUGCUGACCAUGGACAAGCUAUGGAAGAAGAGGAAGGCCCCUCUGCCUCUGGAAUGGCACGAGCUGCAGAAGCUAGUGAGCCCCGAGGAGGAGGUGUCUGGGGCUGGCCUGAAGGACCAGAAGGUGCUGGGGGUGAAGGGCUACUCCCAGCUCUUCUCCCGCAGCGUGGAGACCCUGCGCACCCAGCUGGCCAACCAGGGAGAUGGAGCAGAGCUGGUCUGGGACAAGGACGACGCCCCAGCCAUGGAUUUUGUUACCUCGGCAGCCAACCUGCGCAUGCACGUGUUCAGCAUGAACAUGAAGAGCCACUUUGACGUCAAGUCUAUGGCUGGCAACAUCAUCCCUGCCAUCGCCACUACCAAUGCCGUCAUCGCCGGCCUUAUCGUGCUCGAGUCCCUCAAGAUCCUGUCUGGGGAGGUGGAGCAGUGUCGCACAAUAUUUCUGAACAAGCAGCCCAACCCCAGGAAGAAGCUGUUGGUUCCAUGUGCGCUUGACCCGCCCAGCGCUAACUGUUACGUGUGUGCCAGCAAACCCGAGGUCACCGUCAAACUCAACGUCCACAAAACCUUUGUACUCAGCCUUCAGGACAAGAUUUUGAAGGAGAAGUUUGGCAUGGUGGCCCCAGACGUCCAGAUAGAAGAUGGGAAAGGCACCAUCCUGAUCUCCUCCGAGGAGGGAGAGACUGAAGGCAACAACAGCAAAUAUCUGUCCGAUUUCGGGAUUCGUAACGGGAGCCGUCUUCAAGUAGAUGACUUCCUUCAGGACUACACUCUACUGGUGAACGUGCUUCACUGCGAGGACCUGGAGAAGGAUGUGGAGUUUGAGGUGGUGGGGGACGCCCCUGACAAGGCCCCAACUCCAGCCAACACACAGGAGGAGGGCAACAACAUCGCCAAUGGCAACAAAGAUUCAGCACAGCCGUCCACUUCUUCAAAAGCAACCCCGGCGGCGGCGGAUGACGACGACGACGUCCUUAUCAUGGACUCCGAUGAGGAGGAGCCUUCCUCCAGCUCCAUGGAUGUCACCGCGGAGACGGGCGGCAGCAUCCGCAAGAGGAAGCUGCAGGACGCGGAGACCGGCGAAGCCUCCGUCAAACGCCAACGCGUGGACCAAUCAGCUGAGGACGACGACGAUGACAUAAUUACUCUAGACUAGCUCUAGUCCCUGGGCACGUCGCCCAGGUUUUUCUCCUCAGAAGGACAGAACUCUAUGUUAGUGCUUUCAUACCGCUGUUCUACCCUCACCAAACGUGUGUAAAUAUAUAUAUGUACAAAAAACUGUUAGUCAGUUGUUUCACUAGGAUGCUGUCUGAAGUCAGUGGUAAGUUUGACCCGAUUUUAUCCUGGAAGACGGACAAAAUGCUUUUGAUUUUUUUGUAAUGUUUUUUUUAUUUUAUAAUGUACUGUAUUUACCUCGUCGCGAGUAAGGGUGUCACUAGUUCUGUGUAAACAUUUUAGGGAGACUGAAAGAAACGCAUUAAAUACCAAAUGUUUUUUUGCUUAUGUA